GUGGCGGCUCAGUUAGACAUGGACGACACUGUUCAACUCACGGAUGGUGGAUUUACUAAAAAUGUGGCCAGAUCAGGCAGAAGAGCCCGUCAGUCAUCUGAGAUGACCGCUGCUGAAGACACUAAUCAGAGGAAAUCAUCUUCAUCAGUCAGUAGCGCUUCUGAGGGUCCUCCACCUAAACCAGCACGCAGACAGGGCGGAUGGGCAGAAGAGAGCACAGGAACCGGAUCAGCCAAGUCUGCCAGGCGUUUCGCGGCAGAGGAGCUGGAGGAUCAGAGGUUAAGACCACAGACCCCUGAGGGCUCUGACGAUGAAGGCGACAUCCCAGUGAUUCCAGACCUGGAGGAGGUACAAGAGGAGGAUCUCAGCAUGCAGAUCGCCGCUCCACCCAGUAUCCAGGUGAACAGAGUUAUGACAUACAGAGAUCUGGACAUGGACCUGAUGAAGUAUUCUGCUUUCCAGACGCUGGAUGGAGAGAUCGACCUGAAGUUACUCACAAAGGUUUUAGCACCGGAGCAGGAGGUGAGAGAGGAGGAUGUUGGUUGGGAUUGGGAUCAUCUGUUCACCGAGGUCUCGUCUGAGCUCCAGACGGAAUGGGAUCAAGGAGAGCGAGACGAGCAGUCUCCCGUUCCCGUGUCCUGAGCACCUGACACGUGUGUGUUUCUGUAGUGAAUGGGAUGUUGGACACAUCUCAAGGCUCUGAGGCUUUCUCAUUAAGCUUAACCUUGGAAAGGCAGAAACAUUGUUUUUCUUAACUGGAUCAAUCUGGAGACAUUUGUCAGCGCUGGUAGUAUCUGGAGAAAGAGUAAAUCCAAGGUUAAUGAGCGAGUAAACUGAAAUCCAGUUGAUUGAGUUAAAAUGAACUUUGCACAUCCGAGCGUGCCGCUCUUAUCAUUAUUGACCACACGGCAUCGACCUUCUCUGAGCCGCUGGCCUGACAUCUCUUCUGCAGCUCCGUUCUUCUGCUGAAAUCUUGAUUUUCUCCUGUAUCAAAUAUCUUAUAUUCCUCAUUAUCAGGGAGGUGCACCUAAUAAACAUUAGAUAGUGUGGAUUCAAAACCCAAAAGUGAAAAGUCCAUGGCUUGGUCACCGGUGUGUUAUUUUCUUAGCUUAAGCGUACGUUUAUUUUGGCUUCUUCUGACUGGAAAUCUUCCUUUAGUGUCAGUUUCAAGAACACGUUUAUUGUUUUUAUUGGUAUGCAUUUUACACAGAAACACAGAUACGUGUUGUUAUACAAAUUUUGUAAACCAAAGUUACAUUAAAGUAAAACAUAUAUAUUAUAACAUAUAAAACAACAUUUAUACCAAUGUGACCCAUAUAAAAAUUGAUGAUGAUGAUUUCACCACAACAAUCAUAUACUGUAUAUACAACCUUAAAACUGCACGUUUAUUAUAGUAAAAUUAUGGUAUGAAGGAAAGAAACAAUCCUCUCUCAUCAGGAAUAAUGUGCAUGACUUGAUGCAGUAUUUAUUGUCGAAUUCACCGCAUUUUUUAAAAAGUGAAAGCGUUUUAUCGUCCAAAACGGCAGACAGAUGAACAAAUCUGAUGAUGAAUGUCAAUGCUUUGCUGUGUUAUUGUGUCAUUGAGUCCUAAGUUCUCAAACUUUUGGUCUCUAACACUGUUUCUGCCAAAUCCAUUUAAAGUCAACACGAUCAAACCACGAUAAAACUAUACGUGAUGAUGACAAAAUGGAAUAUUAACUGAGAAAUAACAGGGGGGCGGGACUUGAAUUUUCUUCAGGAUGAAUUGAUUGGAUGAUUAAAGUGCUCUCUGUACAGCAGGUGGCUGGAAGAGAGGAGUUCAAAAGAAAGACGGCCAUGACUUUUGCAGAGAUACAUUAUGAAGACAGACGUAUAUUGUUGGUUUGUUCUUAGUUCCUUCAACAUAAGACCAGAAAACAGCUUGUUAGUCAAAAAAUCUCUUAUGAAAACUGAAUCCCCACAUAAAUGUUUGUUGUUUAGUUUGUUAUCAUCCGUCCGAAUAAUAUAUAUACUGUUUAUGAAAUGUUUUGAUUUCACUCGAGAGUAAAGUCAGGUGAUGUAAGAUCUCUCACACACACUAAGUGUACUUAGUUUCUCCGUUUCUCUCUCUUUCUCCUCACAUGAGGUUUUUUUUGGGCACUUUUAAUGAAUUCUGCCCAUAUGCCCCGAGCAGCUGCCGCGAUGCCCCUUCCUCCCCCCUCCCGCAGAGCUGUGAAGUGCCCAUCCAUGUACAGACAACCUCUAGCUGUCUCUCUGAGGGAGACACGCCGGUGCCCACCAUCUCACCGCUCUGCCAGCCCCAUCAGAAGAGCGCCGAGCUCAGAUUAAAGUCCUGUGAUAGCGGGUAACUGACCCGCCCCACACAACUGAUCCCAGAACCGACCCGUCGGACUGAGGAUUACAGCGAGAGAGAGAGAGAGAGAGAGAGAGAGAGAGAGAGAUGCUUGGCAUGAGGCAGCGUCCAGCAUCUCAAAGUCACCUCUCUCUGUAUCUCACUUCAUCCAGAUCUCUUUCUUUGCAUCCCUUCAAAAACAUCUUCUGAACAUUAUUUCUCAACAUUCUGUCAACUUUUACUCUGUUUUAUCAUCUUUCUUCUGUUUGACAAAUUAAAGAACACAAGUGAUAUGUUCUUUAUGAGAUGAUAUUAAAACGCAUCCUUUGACUUA